GAGGAGAUGGAGAAGGGCGCUUCAUUCUCAAAACCACACUGCAUGUAUCUACACUGUUCUGACCCCCACUGUUGUGACCCCCACUGUUGUGACCCCCACUGUUGUGACCCCCACUGUUCUGACGACCCCCACUGUUCUGACCCACACUGUUUUGACCCACACUGUGCAGGUGAGCCUGAAGAAGAGGGAAACGGAGGAGCAGGAGGAGAUGCGCCUGCAGUCAUACGCGCACAUCCAUGCGCUGCGCGAGAAGGAGCCGUGGCAGCAGCUGCAGGCCUUCUCAGCAUCGAGCGAGGAGGCAGCAGCAGUGCGGGCGCGCAUGGUGGUGGGGGGAGGCGGGGCAGGGAGUGGCGCGCAGAAGCAGGGGAGGGUAAAAAAGGAGGAGGAUGCGAUGGAGGUGGAUGGAGCAAGGGAGGGCGAAGUGGGGGAGCCAGAGGGGGAGAGGGAGAGGGUGGAAGGUGGAGGAGUGGGAGUGGAGCAAGGGGAGGGGGUGGAUGUCGCGCUCGUGGGGUCCUGCCUCUCGCACUCCUCCGCGGCUGUUGCCGAGAUCAGAGGCAUUUCAGGGCUUUCCAAGAGCUACUUGGAUUCGCUGCCUCUGGAGCGCCGAUUGCUAGCCCUCCUGUCGCGGGCCAAGACGCACAUAUUCCAGUUUGAGCGAUUGAUGAAGCUGCUACCAGCAGGCACACAGGAGCAGCAGGUGCUGGCACUGCUACAGCACAAGGCCCUGCUGGUGCAGGGCUGCUGGGUCGCGCCCAGCUCCAUGCGCUGCCCCGUGGGGCCCACCUGUGUGCUGCGCGACCUGCUGCUGCUGCUAUUCACCAAGCACCGCGUCAUUCGCCGGGAGGACGUGGCGCACCUCAAGGUACCAAAGGAGCUACUGAGAGAGUUACUCCUAUCCAUAGGCAUUCCCAGGGGGCCCAACACAGGCUGGGAGUUUGCCGAACCAACAGACCAGGCUUUCCUCAACUCCCACCCUGCCAUAGCUAAGGAGCAGCUUCGGCGCUGGAUGGCUGCCGAGCCUGCGAUCCUCCGAGCCUCUCGCGCGCUUUCCCUGGCCACCAUGGCUGACGUGGCAGCAGCUUCGGCAGCUGCUGCUGCGGCCAAAGCUGCUGCUGCUGGGGGAGGGGCAGGUAGGGGCGGGGGAGGCAGGGCCGGGCCUGGGGGAGGCUUGGGAGCGCCCAAGGCUGGUCUGGCAGGGCGUGGGGCAGGUUUGGCAGGACGAGGGGCAGGUUUGGCGGGGCGAGGAGCUGGUUUGGGAAGAGGUUCGGGCGGUCCGAGCCUGCAGGCUGGUGCUGUGACAGGGGCAACAGGAGCUGCAGCGCUGGCAGCAUCAGCAUCAGGAGGAGGAGGAGCAGCAGGGGGAGGAGCAGGAGGAGGAGGCACAGUGGGAGCGGUGGGGCAGAGCCUGAGUGCUGAAACAUGGGAAGCACUUCCUGGUGCUCUGAGGAAGAUAUUCGCUCAACACCACGUGUGCAGUCUGCCCUUUUUGUGCCAGCAGCUACAGCGAGCAGCGGAGGAGCAGCAGAGGGCGGCAGGGGCGUCACCUCAGGCUGUGGCGGCGGCUGUAGCGGCAGCCAAGGCUGCGAAAGCUCCCGCCAAUGAACUCGCGACAGCUGUCUCAGAGGUGGCCACCAGCAUCAAUGGAAUAUACUUCCUCCCAACACUCAAUGAUCCAGAAGUCGAUCCCUUCAGGGAAGUGGUGAUUGCACUGCUGAGAGCCAAGGGCGCAGGGGGGGUAGGGCUGAAGCGAACAGAGAUAGUGGAGGCCACACGCAUUGCACUUAAAGCUCAAGUGCCCGCUGCAACGUACCAACGGGUUCUGAAGGAGUUGUGUGUCACUAAUGGUGCUGCGUGGGUGUUGAAGCCAGGGGAUGGCAGCACAGUGUAG